AUGGCCGGUGUAGUACGUCAGAAGAUUGAUCAAGUCGCCCUUGAAAACUUUUUGCGCGAAAAUGUGCCAGAAAUUACAACACCCAUUGAAUUGAAGCAGGCAAGUCGCAUUUGCAUCAGCGCAGCACACCCCCCCUUUCAAGCUAACGUGAAUGGCUUGCGACAGUUUAAACAUGGCCAAUCCAACCCAACAUAUCAAAUCGUCGCUGCUGACGGCAAAAAAUACGUCCUGCGCAAGCGACCUCCCGGGAAGCAAAUCUCCAAGCACGCGCACCGUGUAGAGCGCGAGUACCAGGUCCUCGUCGCUCUCGAAAAUACCGACGUGCCCGUCCCCAAGCCCUACGCCCUGUGCGAGGAUGAAUCAAUCAUUGGCACGACGUUUUACAUUAUGGAGUUUCUCGACGGCCGCAUCUUUGCCGACGUUGGCGUUCCGGGUGUGAGCCCGGAGGAGAGGACCGCCAUCUGGGAGGCCGCAGCCAAGACGCUGGCCAAGCUGCAUGCCAUUGAUCCGCGACAGGUUGGCCUCGAGGGAUUUGGCAAGCCGAGUGGAUUUUAUAAGCGCCAGAUUCGGUCCUUUGAUGCCAUUUGCGCGAGCCAGUCCAAGGUGAUCAACACGGCGACACAGGAACCGCUGGGACCGCUGCCCUAUUAUGCGGAGUGUGUGCAAUUUUUCCAGAAUGCAAGCGUACAACCCCGAGAUCGUUCAUGCUUGGUGCAUGGCGAUUAUCGAGUUGAUAACCUUGUCUUUCACAAGACGGAGCCCCGUGUCAUUGGUAUUCUAGACUGGGAAACAUCCACCAUUGGCCACCCGCUAUCCGACAUUGCCAGCCUGGUCACCUUUUUCCACAUGGCCAGACAUCCUGGUGGCUCGCCCUACGACCUCUCCAGCCUGCUGCCCGGCCGCACGCCAGGUAUGCCGCAACCCGAGCAGAUUGUGCAAUGGUACGCCUGCUACGGCGACUACGAUCCCGCCCCAGACUUUGACUACGGCAUCGCCUUUAGCAUAUGGAAGACGGCCGUUCUCUGCCAGGGCAUAGAGGCCCGCAUGGUCACGGGCCAGGCGGGCAGCGACCAAGUCGCCGCGUACGCUGCCAUCAAGGCUCCGCUGGCCGAGUUGGCGUGGAAGCUGACGCAGUACUCCAACAGUGCGUGGCAGCAGUCUGCAAGACUUUGA